CAACCCUAUAUCAAACAUUGCCUUGUGCUCCGACCCAACUAUCCUCUCCUUCGGCGUCACCAUUGCCGUCGAAGCCACGGCCGGCGCUGCUGCCGACGUUCCGGCACGGGCUUCUUCUCGAUUAGGCUUCCUAUCGCCGAUCCCUUGAGCUUCCCAACGCCGACAAGCUUGAAGCCCUUCGCCAAGAGAACGCCGUGCUCCGCAUCGCUAAGAACGACCUCGCCAAAUUCCUCUCCAAAAUCCAUAACGGCUGAGCCAUCAGAGUGGCGCAGCGGAAGCGUGGUGGGUAGACACCUCCCCAACCUUCUCGAUUCAUUCCUUUCCUCUUUGCUCUUUGCUUUGUCAUCUCCGCUCUCCAAAAUUUCCAGCAACCCAUUAGAGGAAUAAAGAAAGAAACAAAUAUAGAAUACCAUUGAAAUGCCGGGGGAUGAUUGUGUUGAGCGCCUCUUGUUUGGGGGUGCUAUAUCAAGUUACUUCCCUCUUAGGUUUCAGGAUGUGAGUGCUAUACGUGAAGUUCCUGAUCAUCAGGAAGUUUUUGCAGAUCCUACUCGUGAUGAGAGCCUCAUUUUUGAGCUAUUAGAUUUAAAACAUGAGGUUGAAGACAAUAACAGUGCUAUUUGGUUUUUGCAAGACAUUGCUAGAGAACAAGAUGCUGAAGAAAGCAUGGUUCUUGAGCAUUCAGGUACUCUUGAGGCAACUGGUUUGCAGAAUAGAGGUUCACCUGUGAUAGUUAGCACUGCAAUUGCACAAAUGGCUAUUUCCAAGUCAAGACAGGGAAGGGAGGCACAAAAUAUUGUGCGGGUAUAUCUUGCAAAUUUGCGCCUUAAGGAAGUUGGAACUGAUGUGCUGAUCACUGCAAACGAACCAAUCAUAAUAAAUCCACUGAGUGAAAGCGCAGUGGCAGUAACAGCCGGUGUAGCUGUUCCUGCUGCACAAGCCGGAUGCAUGCCUGCAGCAGAGGUCUUCAAACUCGCUGUCACAAGCUUUAAAGUCCAUGACUGGAAUCUCUUUGGCGGUGCUGCUUCAUAGACUAAGCACCAAUAAACACAUGUAUGUUUGACAAUUUUCUAAGUUUAAAAAUUCAAUCAUUUGAAUAACAAAAGCAUGCUACUUUAUUUUUCUUGGAUGCUUGUCUGGUGCUGCAGCUUUGCUGCUUGUUAUAAUUCAAAUCCCUGUCCCCCCUUAAGAAUCAAAA